AUGGUAGCAUCUCCCGGACAAAUGCUAUUUCAGUCGCCCCCUCCUGGAAUGGACAUCGACUUAGAAGACCUGUCUCGACAAGCUAGCAUUUCCGCUGACGGUAAAAGACGGCCCUCCCAACAACAAAACAACGGAAGACUGGCUAUGUGGAUGGCAGAAAAUUUCAGAACCAAUUCAUCUUGGGCCACGAAUCCCAGCAAGGUCUUUGAAUGUCUCUCCGGCCACGAAUCACUGGAGAAAAUCUAUCGCAAAAUCGCCCGACGACCCAACCUUCGCACAGCCGAACGUGUGCUCAUGUAUAAAGCGACUGGUGCGGAUGAACUUAAUUUUGCCAAAAAUGAUACCUGGUCCGCAUGUUUCGAGCGAAUUCUUUCUGCUGCAGACACGAAUGACGCUGCUGCGUUCGAAGUCUGCGUCAUCUCCAUCGAUACCACAGACCUUGGCCGUGCAUUUUCGUUUAUUGACAAGUUAUUCCUAAUUACCCAUGACCGCCGCCAAAAAGCUUAUUCUUCGCUAAGUGAGAUAAUCAUACGAUUAUUUCAAAGUCAGUGGGGACUGAGUGAUGAAACAAUGGUCAAGAUUAUGGAAAGCUCGUAUGCAAAGCAGCUUUCACUCUCGUCGUGGCGACCGAAUUUACCAUCUUCUCGUACACUGACUGACCUAUUUACGACAACCAUUGGCAUUACUCCCCUCGUGCCAAUGAAAUUUGAAUUCAAAUGGAUUCAUGCUCCACACUACGCGACUGACCUUUCAGUCUACGUAUUUCAGCCGUACGGAAAGCAUCCUCAAGUAGACAGCUUGGAUGUCAUUUUGACAUCGAAUCAAUACGAGCAGAUACGGCGAUCGUUUGUGGUAGUGAACUCUCAUCAUACCUUAACCAAGUUGCGAAGUGGCAAGUUCCCCACACAGGCUCUAGAGCACAACGUCUUUACGCUUUCAUACACUCUACGCCUCUUCAAAGCCGUGUGUUCAGAAGUCGCCGCUGAAUUAGUGGCUUUCACGGCACAGGCAUGCGAAGAGAUUAAUUAUAUGGUUUAUGAAGGACGACUUCGACCCACUGGGAGCAAAAUGCAAUAUCUUCGGCAUCUGGAAGACUGCCACCUUGUCGCCAAGGAUUGCUGCCGGGCAAACAGACUUAACCUACAACGACUACUGGAUCAAGUCAACUCCAUUCAAGGACCACGUGCUGAUGAGGAGGCGAAACAGAUCAGCGAUCUUGAACUGGCGAUGAAAGAUCUAGAAUACUUACACGAUGAAGUCGAAUCGUCUUUACAAAGAAUACCUGAAGUACGUCGGGAUCUUCGAGAGAAUCUGGACCUGCUCCAAAUCCGUCGCACUAGCAUCCUAGGAAUUCUCGCUGCACUCUAUUUACCUCUUUCAUUUGUGACCAGCUUUUUGGGCAUGAAUCUCAACCAGUACACAACCCCUCAACCGUUUUGGCGCAACGCCACGGUCAUCAAUGAGACCAAUUCGAACAGCUUCACCAUCUCUCAAUCUAUCAAGGAUUCCGGAGCCAACCAAACAUGGUCUCUAGGGAAUUUUUUCGAGAUUGCAAUGCCGCUUAUGGUUGGAACUAUACUUGUGCCACUUGUUAUUGGAAGCAUUAUUCGAGCAUUCUUGCAAGGGCUUGCUCGGGGACGAACCUGGUGGCGCCUUUUGCUAGCUGCUAUUGUCAUCUGGUUGGAUAUUGUACUUUCAAUGAUCAAAGAGCGCAGAAGUGCUAACGGAGUUUCUACAGUUAUUGUAUUACGGUACCCCUCUUUGUGCCGAUAG